AUGUCGGCCGCCUCCUUCUCGCUGGACAAGACUUUCGGCGCCGCCUUCGUUGGCUUCGCCGUCUCCAGUCUCUGUCUGGGCGUUCUCUCGAUGCAGACCUACAACUACUUCCGGACAUUUCCCCUCGACAAAACCUACUACAAAGUCAUGGUCUCGGCGGUGUGGGCACUCGAGUUCGCGGAUCAAGCGUUGAUUGCACACGCCGUGUACACAUAUGUCGUCACGAAUUGGGGCGACAAGCUGAUCCUGAUCAAGCCCCCCGUAUGGUCACUUGUCAUUCAAAUCACCCUUGGGGUCGUAACAGGGACUGUUGUCAAACUCAACUAUGCUAUGCGCGUAUGGCGUUUCAGCAAAAUGAAUAUUCCAGUGACCGGCUUGAUCGUUCUGCUCACGGUCGGCGAGCUCGGCGUUGCGUGUGUCUAUACCUACCAGGGGCUAAUCCUGGACAGCCUGCUGGACAUCGGCAAGAUGAAAAUGAUUGGCACAUUGUCCCUCGGGUUGGGUGUAGGCACCGACGUCGCCAUCGCCGCAUCUCUCUGCUGGUUCCUUGGAGGAUUGCGCACGGGUCACAGGCAAGAUGACUCCAUGGUCAACAACCUCAUUCUUGGUUCGCUCAGCACAGGAUUACUCACUAGCCUCAUCAGUCUCGUGACACUCAUUCUGUACAACUUCAUGCCCGACAACUUCAUCUUCAUGGGCAUGUACUUCGUGCUGAGUAAGGUGUAUGCUAACUCCUUCCUGGCCGCAUUGAACACAAGACGAGUUAGCCGUGGCCGUGGCACUGACAAUGACCGCACAACUGUGCCCACAUUCCUCAUGGUCGGCAAGACCACCCAGCGGAGCAUCCAUAUUGACCCGGAACAAGCUACCCACUCACCGAUCUCGCCAGCCGAUUCACACAACUACGCUCAGCGGUGGUGA